AUGGCAUCCGAUGCAGUGUCACGGGAUUUCCACCAUCCCUUCACACCGUAUGAGAUUCAGCUUCAAUUCAUGGAGGCUCUCUAUGGUUGCCUUGAAGAUGGAAAGGUUGGCAUCUUCGAGUCCCCCACCGGCGAUGAUGGCGAGCCAGACUGGAUGGUAGAGUUUGCCAAGAAGGAAUCGCGUCGGACGAUUGUUGAGAAACGGCAAGAGUUCGAAUCACGGUUGGCCAGGAUAAAGCGUGAAGAGGAACGACUGAAGCAAGCGUCGACGGCGCAAGACCGACCCCGCAAAAAACAGCGACUCGAAGAAUCGGAUGAACAGUCGAAUCUUCACGAUGACGAGGAACAGUACGUCUUGGAAGAUUACGACAGCGAAUCAGAAGAUCGCAAGACCACGAGUCAGACAGGAGGUCUUGAGGGUCUAUCGGCGGACACGCUCGCGCUGUUAGAGAAGUUUAAGGGAAACUUCUCUACUCAGCGAAAGGAAGAAGAUGAAGCGGACGACGCCGUGAAGAUCUUCUACUGCUCACGGACCCAUUCUCAGUUGAGUCAGUUUGCGGGCGAGCUGCGUCGAGUCGCGUUCCCAUCAAGCAUACCACCCGAGACGGAGGGCCAGGGCACAGAGGACGAGCUGUCAAGGCUUGAGGAGGCGGUCAAACAUCUCUCGCUAGGUUCCAGAAAGAACCUCUGCAUUAAUCCCAAGGUUCGAGCCUUGGAGAACAGCACGGCAAUCAAUGAGCGCUGCUUGGACCUGCAACAAUCGGGCGUGGCGGCGGACAAGAAAUGUUCGUUUUUGCCAACCAAGGACGACGACGCGCUGCUUCUUGAGUUCCGAGAUCGUGCUCUUGCAACGGUCAAGGACAUUGAGGAUAUCGGGAAAGUGGGCAAGGAUGUUGGUAUUUGCCCGUAUUAUGCGUCUCGGUCGGUCAUCAAAUUCAGCGAGGUUGUCACCCUGCCGUAUCCACUCCUCCUUCAGCGGUCUGCCCGUGAAGCCUUGAAUUUGUCGGUGAAAGGUCACGUCGUCAUCGUUGAUGAGGCACACAACUUGAUGGAUGCCAUUGCCGGUAUUCAUUCGGUGACUGUGUCCUUGUCCCAGUUGCAGACGGCUAUCACCCAGUUGACCACCUAUGCACGGAAAUUUAAAAACCGUCUCAAAGGCAAGAACCGAAAUUACGUCGCCCAAGUGAUUCGGCUUGUGAGCUCCAUUGCCCGCCAUCUCCACGAUGUUUCCCAGCAAAAGGGACCCACAGACGGUUCUAUCAAAAUUACCGAUCUCAUGGCGGGAAAGGGAGUCGAUCAGAUCAAUCCGUACAAGCUUUCUCGAUAUCUGCAGGAAAGUAAGCUGGCGCGAAAGGUGGAUGGCUAUGUCGAGUCCUCACGAGAGUCGCAAAGCUCGAAAGAGAGAAAUCGUUCCACGGUGCCCGUCUUAUUUCAUAUACAGAGCUUUCUGUUGCCUUUGAUGAACCCGUCCGAAGAGGGAAGAUUGUUCUAUCAGAAGGAAAGGGGGGAUGUGCAGCUAAAAUACAUGCUUCUUGAUCCAGCUAACCAUUUUCGAGAGAUUGUGGAAGAUGCGCGAGCUGUGAUCUUAGCCGGUGGAACGAUGUCCCCUAUGUCCGACUACAUGAAUCAUCUGUUCUCUUACCUUCCACCGGAGCGACUCGACGCGUUCAGCUAUGGUCAUGUUAUCCCUCAUUCGAACCUGGUCGCCCAGUCCCUCACGAAGGGCUUGAUGGGCUGUGACUUUGACUUCACCUUCGAGGCCCGGAACUCGGAAAAAAUGAUAAUUGACCUGGGACGGACAAUAGCGACGCUUUGCCAAAUCAUUCCCCACGGUGUUGUGGCCUUCUUCCCCAGCUACGACUACCUGAGUCAAGUAGUUAGCGUUUGGGAAAAGCCUGUCCCCAACGGCAACGGCUCUACAAUCCUGGACUUCAUAUCUAACAAAAAGAAGAUCCUCUACGAGGCCCGCGACGCCGCCAUAUCUACGGACAAUCUCCUCCAGGAAUAUACCUCCGCCAUCUCUACGGGUCAAGGCGCUCUUCUUCUCUCGGUCGUUGGCGGCAAACUCUCCGAAGGCAUCAACUUUUCGGACGAUCUCGGACGCGGUGUUCUCAUGAUCGGCCUUCCGUUCCCCAAUAUCCGUAGUGCAGUCUGGCAAGCCAAGAUCAAGUACAUUGAAGAAAAGACUCACAAGCAACAAUCAGGCACAGAGGUCGAGAAAAAAGCCAGUGCGGCGGCGGCUGGUCGAGAUUUUUAUGAGAAUGCUUGUAUGAGAGCUGUGAAUCAGUGUAUCGGGCGAGCGAUCCGGCAUGUGAAUGAUUACGCGGCUAUUGUGAUGAUUGAUCGGCGGUACGAGACGCCGAGGAUUCAGAAUGCCUACCCGUUUGUCGAAGACCCGGAAGCAGUGAGUCGACCCUCUCCCACACCUGUUGCGGAAAAUCCCUCGAUUCUCGAUUGUUUUGUGAUCGGCGCAACGAAAAUUCGACAUCAUCGGCGCCCGCGCGGAUUUCAACGAUAUUUCCAUGCCCGGGAUCAACGGUCUUGGUCGCUGAGCGAUCCGAUUCGCAUGAGCACAGAAUUAAGACACCCGAAUACUAACCUCUCUUUUUUUUCAUCGCACAGCCGCGGCCAUGUGUCCGCCGGUUACGGUCGUGUCGGCAAGCACCGCAAGUCCCCCGGUGGUCGCGGUAUGGCCGGUGGUCAGCACCACCACCGUACCAACUUGGACAAGUACCACCCCGGUUACUUCGGUAAGGUCGGUAUGCGUUACUUCCACAAGACUCAGCAGAAGUUCUGGAAGCCCACCAUCAACCUCGACAAGCUGUGGACUCUCGUCCCCGCCGAGAAGCGUGAUGCCUACCUGAGCGGCGAGAAGACCGACACCGCCCCCGUCAUCGACCUCCUGCCCCUCGGCUACUCCAAGGUCCUCGGCAAGGGCCGUCUCCCCCAGAUCCCCAUCGUCGUCCGUGCCCGCUACUUCAGCCGUGACGCCGAGCAGAAGAUCAAGGAGGCUGGUGGUGUUGUUGAGCUUGUCGCAUAA